UUGUGUACGACCCAGAAAGUCAGAAUGAUGAUUUACAAAAAUGGCUGCAGUACUGAACCAUCUGAAGUAGUAGUUGACAUGGAGGAUAUGGACUGGGUAAGUUUUAAAUGAAAAAUUCCUACAUUUUCCUUUUAAAAUGGCAUAAUUGUUUUUAAAAAAAUGUAUAUAGCUAUUUCUUUGUAUUCUCAUUAUUAAGUCUACAGCAAGGGACAAUGACUGUAAAGAUGUUUUUAAAUACAUUUUAACAUUUUUAUUGUCUUAAAAUCAUGGAUAAGAAACCUCUUUGUUCAGUUUGAAAGCUGAAAUUAAAAUGCAUAGAAAUACCUCUUUUUAUUGUGUAUUGGCCAUUGACCUAUUAAACUGUACGGAUAAAUUGUUUGAAGGUAAAAAGAGUUCUUAAACCUCACUGUCUUCAUUUCAUAUAAAUUGAGUAUUAAUUUAAUUUUAUAACUAUGAAAUCAUGGCUUUCAUGUACUGUAGCUGUCUCUUUAUUAACACGAUUUUCUAGUUCUUCAUCCACUGUACAAGUAAACUGAGUCUGACGAGGCAUGCUAAAAUUGCUUAUGACUGGACUGGGAAGCAAAUUACUCAUUUAUCUGAGAGUAAGUGUUGUCAACAUAGAGCACAAUCUAUUGCACAUUAAUGAACUAAUAUUAGGCAUUACCUUGUGAGUUCAUUGCAUUGACAAGCAGACAGUGAUGUUAUUUUAUUUCCUUGUCUUACAUUUCUACAGCCCCUAUUCUUGAUGAUAGUACUGUACAACAUGGGAAAACACCAUUCUUUGGACCAUUGUGGAUCUCAACUGGUGAAGGAUUCAGCCCCUCUGGCACCCAAGGGUUUUUGCUAAUGAUUAAAAAUGCUCUAAAAGAGAAAAUUAAAAUUUUGAAGAGCCAAAAGAAGCAGGUAUUAUUAUGA